CGCAUUGAAUUGUCGCUGAAAUACCACACGUGAAAUUAUCUGUUUUAUUAAACGUAAAAUGUUUGUUUUCAGGGGUCUGCAUGAUUGAAAGCGAAAGUGGAAAAGACACAAGCAAAGUAUACGCGAAAGCCAACGGAAGCAAAAAUUUGGGAUUAUUUCAGAUCAACGACAAAGGAUGGUGCGAGUAUGGAAAAACUGGCGGAAAAUGUGACAUGAAAUGCGAAGAUUUAUUAAAUGAAAAUUUAGUGGACGAUUCUGCCUGCGCGAAGAAAGUGCAAGGUGAAAUGGGAUUUCAGGCUUGGGAUGGAUGGGUGAGAAAUUGCAAACAGCGCAACAUCGCAUUGCCCUGUUAAACCUACUGGAUUAACGACAAUCAAUAAACACCACAAUUUCCGUU